UCUCAAUUAGUCUAAAUCUUCUAAUUUCAAAGAUGAAUAAAAAAAUAUUUCUAUUUUAGCAAGCGAGGCAUGUUUUUUUGGCAGCUGCAUAGGCUGUGUGACAGUUCAGAAAUUAUGCUGCCUGUUUAAUUGCUUUGUGAGAAAUAAAAGAACUUUCAGUAUUAAUUUUUGAAGUUUGUAGGAAGUAAUACUUGCAUUUAGAAGUCAGAAAAUGGUGAUAGAUGACUUGCAAAAUAUUUCUGCACCAAUUGAGCUCAGACCAUUUUAUUAUCCACAGUGUAAUAAAAAGCUCCUAAAAGAUUAAUAUUUCUUCUGCGUUUACCCCAUGCAUUGCAAGCUCUGUUGUUGCAAUGAAACUGAGUCUAGACUUGACUUAUUCACAUUUUAUCUGGCUUUUGAAAUUACAUGUCUGUGAACAAAGUUAACUUCAUUGCUACUUUUUGGCCAUCUGAAAUCUCUUAUGGGAAAAAAUAGAUGUAGUGUAGCUGGGGCAAAAGCAGGAAGUUAGGGCUUUAGGGAACAGACAGAUGGUGGAAGAGGGUGGCUAUUGUCGUUUAUACUUAGGACAGAUCUCAAAAAGCGGAAGGAAAAAAAAUCAUGCUGAUAUAAUGUUUGUGAGUCCAGCUGCAAGUUUGGGAAUAGAAUAAGUGAUAAAAUGCCCAUGGUACACUGCAGACUACACAGGAAAAAAAAAUCCUGGCAUUUCUUUCUGGAGACAGCUCGUCUUCUAAGUUAGAAAAAGAAACACAGUAGUAUGACAAAAUAAUUUGAGUGAUGCUCUCUGUUUAGUAGUAUGAAUGAAAUGUCUGUGGCUCUUCUGCACUUUUAAGUUGGUGAAUAGGUAGGAUUUGACUGUGAUGAUGAUAGAAUCAGAACAAAGUAUUCAUUAGAUCCGUGAGGCUCACUUUACAUGCUGUUUCCAUCUAUUUCAGGAAACCUCGUGCUGAAACAGAAUAGAAAGUUGCCAAAGGAACUUCAGCUCAGGAGGAAGAUGAAAGAUAGCGUCCCUGAAGAACAUUUGUAUUUGGGUUUUUCUCAUCAGUGUCAAGAUAGUAUCUUUCCUCUUCAUACGUCUAUUUCACUCUUCUUGCUAUCCUACUGUGACUGCAAAUCAUUCAAAAUUUUCUUAGUGCCAACUAAUGAAAAUGCAAAUGAUCAGUUUGUGACAAAAAACCUCCUUGGAGAUCUUGAGGUCCAUUUAAUCCCCAAAUGUCAGCUUCCUAUGGUCGUGCAGAGCUGCUGUUUUCCUGCUGUUGUCACGAAAGACGGCAAGUUCUGUCGAGCUGGGCUUUCUGUUGUCUUAAGACAUAUAGUACAGAAAACAUUCGAGGCAGAUCCAUCCAAAAAGAAUGUUUUGGAACUCCUAGGCUUUAAGAAAACCUGCUUAAAAGCCUGUGCAGAAGUUAGCCAGUGGACCAGACUCUGUGAGAUCAGCAUACCUCUGGCUGUUGAAGGAUUUUUGACGGCAUCUCCUGAGCACAGUCAGACUAUUCCUGCUGACAUUUUACAGCUCGAAAGAAAACUUGCAGAGCCUGUCCGAGUGCAUAACGAUGACAAAAUUCGAAGGCAAAAGCUUCAACAACAGAAGGCAGGUGCUAAGGCUGCAGUGUCUCUGCUUGAGAAAGAAGCAACAGAAGAAGGGAAAACAGUGGAGGUGCAUGAACAUCCACUUCCAAGUUUGGAACUGAGUGUAGCUUUCUCUAAGCUACAUGUCCAAGAGGUGUCACCUGCAGGCAACAGAGAAGCCCCUCUCAUCAGGAGAACAAAAACAUCUGACCUUCCACCUUUAGACCACGUUUUUGCAGAGGGACUUUAUUUUACCUUGGCAGAUAUUGUGCUUUUACCAUGCAUCCAUCAGUUCCUGGAUUACAGCAAAAAGCAAGGCAAAGAUCUGGUAAAGUUACCUCUGAUCUCCAGCUGGUAUCGAAGAGUUCAGCAAGUCCCUGGAGUGAAGAGAGCAGCUGACAAAUGCAACAUGCAGCUUCUCCAGCUUCCAGAGUUGAUACCUGCUCCAGAGGAUCACCUAGGAGACUUCUUUCCAGUUCCUGAUAAUUGUGAAGAAGAGCAUGAAAACAGUCAAUUUAUAGGUGGUCCAAGGCCAACUAUGACUAAAUUAAUGGAGAGGGGUAUUGAAGCAAAGUUUUCUCCUCAUCCAUGCCCUGACUGGACCAUAGACUGGCCCAGCCUGCCAGCAGCAGUCAAUCCUGGAGAAGGAAAGAUGUCUAGAGAUCGAGCUCUGAGGAAACAACAGCAGUUGAAUAACUUGGUAGCAGCAGUGAAAAAGCUUGCUAAGCCUGGAGAUGUCAUUGUGGAUUUCUGCAGUGGAGGGGGUCAUGUUGGAAUUGUUCUUGCUCACAUGAUGCCAUCAUGUCAGGUGGUGCUCAUAGAAAAUAAGGAGUUGUCUCUGAUGCGUGCUAAAGACAGAAGUGAUGAACUAGGUUUAAACAACAUUUCAUUUAUUCAAGCAAACUUGGACUAUUUUAAUGGCACUUUUAACAUUGGGGUGGCUCUACAUGCAUGUGGUGUGGCAACAGACAUGGUGAUUGAACAUUGCAUCAAGGCCCGAGCAGCCUUUGUCAUCUCCCCUUGUUGUUAUGGCUUCAUUCAGAACACUGUGAAGUUUAAAUAUCCAAGAAGUCAUCAGUUCAGGGCAAUUUUAUCCUACAAGGAGCACAUGAUCCUUUGUAGGUUUGCAGAUCAGACAGCUGUUCAUCUUCCACCUGAUCGGAAGCUGAUAGGAAAGCAGUGUAUGGGGCUUGUGGAUCUUGAUCGAGCAUGGGCUGCAGAAAGAUGUAACUACUCUGUCCAAGUUACAUCGAUGGAGCCAGAGAGCUGUUCUCCAAAGAACAAUAUGUUUGUGGGCACCCCAGUUUAGACAAUGAAAUUUGACGUUGAUCAUAAAUCUUCAAUGCAUAAAAACAUACAGCAAAUACAAGCAUACUUGGAAACCAGACAUCAUGCAUCUUGAACCCAUCGUGUUUGGAAAAGGAAGCAGCAUGAGAAGUUUUAGAAAGUGAACUGCAUGCAGAGCAUUGCAGAUUGUAAUGUGUCAUUAAGCAACUUUAGGUUCUCAUAGUGAGAAGCUUCUCUAACAAUGGUCAUAGAAUUGCAUCCAUCUGCAGAAGCUUAGAAAAAAGGGGAAGAAGGCUUAGAAGGGAAGGUCAUUUCCUUUUCAGUAAAGCUGUCUUGGCUGCUUCAAAAUUGCAUUCAUGUUCAAAACUUCAUUUGUGCUCGUGGGCAGAGCAGUUAUCAGCAGGUAAUGCAGUUCACUAGAGGGAACAGAUUUAUGGUGUAGUGAUGGAAAACUGUUGCAACAGUGAUGAAACAGUGAUCAGAUGAAACUGAUGCAACAGGUGUUGGCUAGAUUUUGCUAAAGAAUGCCAUACUAUUUCAUCAAGAUUCUUAAUACAAAUUCUUCAGAAUGCUUUCAGCAUCACUCUGCAUAUAAUUUGUAUUCCAACUUAAUGCUUUUAAAAAUGAUGUAAAAUUUUUACCUUUAGAUAUUGCACAAGAAUUCUGUACCCAGUCAUUGGAA